AUGGCCCAGCAAGAGAAUAUAAGGAGUCCGCCCUUGAAUGCCCAGUUUCUAAAUGGGUUAAGGGAUUGGUACCGUUCAGCGCAAGAAGUCUUGGUUGACGAAGCGCCCUCCCCACGCUCUUUCCGAGAGCACGACUCGAUUAUUGAAGAAGGUAGUGAUGAAGACGUAUCCGACAACGGUCAACCCAACACCACUGCGCCAGAGUCUAGACAAGAGCCUGUCGACCAAAAAUUGAAGCCUUCCAAGCCUAAACGCGACCAGGAAUCAGCAGCCAGUGAGCUGCGCAUACAUGAACUUUUCGCUCUUUUCACUUGCUUCCUAUCGCCCAUAAUUGGCGCCUGGCUCCUACACCAUAUUCGCGGCCAGCUAAGUCGUCCAUCAGAAGGUCUUGUCUCGAACUACAAUCUCACAAUCUUUCUUUUGGCAUCAGAGAUCCGUCCACUCUCUCAUCUAAUCAAGCUGGUCCAAGCAAGAACACUGUCCCUCCAACGCAUUGUCGCGUCCAAUCCUUAUCAAAAUUCUCCCAAUUCCAAUGAAAAGAUCAACGACCUUACAAACCGAAUAACAGAGCUCGAAUCUAAUACGUCUGAUACUCAGCCUCGGUCCCCGACUGCUACCCUGCAGCAGCAAUCUGACAUUCUUGCCGCCACACGCAAAUCGUUUCAACCGGAUCUCGAUGCUCUCAACCGCGCAGUGCGUAGGUAUGAGAAGCGCGCCACACUUCUUACCAUGCAGACCGAGUCCCGUCUUCAAGACCUUGAGAAGAAACUUGCGGAUGCUAUUACUCUAGCUGCAGCGGCUGAGAGAAGCUCGCAAGCCUCGAAGCAGCGAAGAGGUUCAACUGUCAUCCUUGAGUGGAUAAGCGCAGCUCUGCUUUUGCCGGUUCAAGUGGGUUGGUCAAUCAUCAGUUUACCCGGCAAAGUACUCGCUGCAGCGCUCAUCUACGUCGAAGAUGCGGUUGGCGUAAGAGUGCGGAGGGAGAUGAAAACCGCGGGAAAGGAAAAGAGGGUAGGCAGUGAUGGAGAGAGAAAGAGAGUAGGGCGGGGUCAAAAGAAACAGUCAUGA